AUGGAGUCAGCUUCGGUUCCGUCGCCAGUGCUACCCUCACCAUCGAUCCAACGCCUUCCGAACGAGCUCCUUGUUCAGAUUUUCAGCUUCCUCGACUCGCCGUCAAAUCUUCAAGAAAGGCUUCGUGAGGACACUGUUAAAAUCGCUCGGCCGAUCGAUGCCCGAGCCGACACACCUAUCAAGAACGCUUCCCUCGUGUGUCGCCUAUGGAGACAGCUAGUGUUGCACUUCCUCUUCCGACAUGUCGUUUGGUCCUUCCAGCGGUUCUACAAACCAAAAAGUGGUAACAUUCGCUCUCAGAUCCAAAUCCUAGACUUUCUGAAGCACAAUGGUUUGUCAAGGGAUGUGGAGAAUUUCACCAUCCUCAUGGAUCCCCCGAAGGAAGCGGGAGGCUUCAGAUACGCCGACGGCCAGUUCUGGGGUCUCCUGCCGCCGGACGACUACCCCACUCAGCCACCAAAGUCUUGGAAUCUCCUCUGGUCUGUCGUCCCUACCGAAUCGCUGCAGUUUUCAUCGACCCUGCGUCCCGUUUCCGCGGACGGGUUGAGUGCAAGAGACUCAAAUGCAUCUCCACAGCGACUUUGGGAUAAUAAUUGGUUGUGGCAAACCAUAUUCGGGGAGCUUGAUCCGCUUCGAGUCACCUUGAUCGGCUCCGUGGAUAUCAUUUCUUCGCUUUUGAGUCGGAGUGUAGAUUUGACAAGCGAGUUGGCGUUCAAUAGCCACUAUCAUGUCUUGUCACUUUCACGUACAUCCCGUUCCGUUGCACACCCUGGCAAUUUAGUCAGCGCCCUUGGCCUCUUGCCGCCCCACGACCAGGGUAUAGCUGGAAGCCCGAUUCCUAGUGAUUUAUUCAGCAUUCGAGAUUGGACUUCGUUGCUCGUCAAUGAAGGAUCAUUUGUCCCUGUGUACUCAACUUACGAGUUCUUCCACUACUCGCUGCCAACUCUCUUACCUGUCAUUCUAAGCCCCAAAGACUCGUCCUUCACCGGCCUUCAGAAGACACUCCGCUCGUUCUCCUACAUCGGUACGUUCCCGCUCUCCCGUCACAUUCGGGACGUCGUGAUCCCGUACUGCCCACCCGUCGAACACCUCUACAUACAGAUCAUGCCCAGAGCACUGGACUUCUGGCCCAGCGACAAACUUGCCCACAUCGACAUUGCCGACCUGUGGCUGGAGUGCGACACUGCAUACUCGUUGAUCAUGCGCGAGGUCUUCGGCCCGGAUGCGGAACUAGGCUUGAAAAGUGUCCAAGUUUUUGAGAGCGGCGAUGCCGCUACCGAAGAGGCCUGGAGCAUGGCGAUGCAGUAUGUCCAAAUACAUGGCCUCCGAGGCUGGAAGAUGAAGCGGGACGGCUACUUUGUACGAGAGACUGUGGAUUACCCAUCUGAGGUGCUGAUCUAG